AUUUUAAAAUUCCAGAAAACUCAGAUGCCAUGUUCAAAUGUUCAGUUAUAGGCAUCCCAACUCCCGAAGUGAAAUGGUAUAAGAAUAUAUGUGCAUUGAGCCUGAUGAUGUCAAGUAUGUGAUUAGUGAGGAGAAUGGAAGUCAUACCCUUAAAAUCCGCAAUGUUGGUCUGUCCGAUAGUGCCACGUACAGGUGCAGAGCUAUGAAUCGUGUAGGGGAGGCCAUCUGUCGGGGGUUCCUUACCAUGGGAGAUUCUGAAAUGUUGGCUCUGAUGGCAAAGAAAAGCAAAGUGACUCUAAGCAGUUUGAAGGAAGAAUUAGUCUUGAAGAGAAAAUACGCAGACAGCUUCUUUGAAUUUCAGGUGAUGGAAGGGCCUCCCAGGUUUAUUAAAGGCAUUUCCGACUGUUGUGCACCGUUAGGUACAGCAGCUUAUUUCCAGUGUUUAGUCCGUGGCUCUCCGAGGCCCACCGUUUACUGGUACAAAGAUGGGAAGUUGGUGCAAGGAGCAAGAUUCAGUGCUGAGGAAAGUGGCAUAGGGUUCCACAACCUAUUCAUAACAGGCUUAGUAAAAGAUGAUGAAGGUGAGUACAGGUGUGUGGCUACAAACAAAUCAGGCAUGGCUGAGGCCUAUGCAGUGCUCAGCCUCACUUAAAGUUCCUUGUAGUGCCUCCACACUGAUGAGAAUUGACCUGAGUGCUUUCACAUUUUCCAAAUUAUAUACAUCUAAGAAAUUUACAAGUACGUCUACUCUUGGAACACAUGACAUUGAAAACCCCCGGGAAAAGUUUCUCUAUGUGGAGAUAUCCUGUUUGUCUCACCUGUAAAUAUCCUGUUAUCUAAACUGUGGAAUGAUCACCUGUGUCAGUUCUGCUGUCAAUCAUCAAACACUAUUAAACAUCUCCUUGGCCACCUA